CAAAUGACGUGUUUGUUCCCAGCCACUUCCUAACGUAUAAAAUUUUAUAGUUUAACUGGAUAGAAAAAUAUAGUUUUAAAUUGGUAUCCCAUUUAUUCAAGCAUGUUUGCUUUUAAGCUUAUAUUAGCUGCCAGUAUUUGGCAGAUGCUCAAUGCAUUUUAUUUACCUGGUCUAGCGUCAGUGACAUACUGUUCGGCAGAAACUAACAAAAACAGCAAAGACAAGAAUUGUCAGGUAGGAUACCUACGUCAUGUCGUCGAUAACUUAAAUAGUUCUUAAAACUUCCCACGAAGUCGAAGUAAUUAUUUAUGCUUUACUAAGUAAUAUUAAGCAAAAGUUUACAAGAUUCAAAAACGAAAUACAUGCAAAUUAAUGUAAAGAUUAGUUUAGUAAACGAAUUUUUUGUGACAGUGGUUCAUAUUAAAUUAACACUAAUAGAAGUAGAAGUGAUAGGCCCCACUAUAUAAUAAUAUCAUAAUUAUAUAAUUAAAGUCAAGUAAUAGUACUAAUUGUGCAUUAUGAAAUAAGCUACAAUUUAUCUAUAAUUGUAUAAUUAUUUGAAAAUUCAUGGCUCAGAAACUACUAAAGAUAGAAAGUUGAUUGUUUUUUAUUUUGCUCUAUUUUACUCUAUUACUAAUUACUAAAUUACUAUAUUACCUUGAUAAUUUUUAAAAUUAAAAUUUUUUGAAUACCAAAGUACUUAGCCUAUAUCAAUAUUUUAGUCUUUAAGUUCCACCUGGGGUGGGCCAAGAUAUUUGCCAACAGCAGUUAGUAGCCAAAAUUACUGCCCCAGUAAAUUUGAGUUAGUGGCAUGGUUCUCAACCUAAACUAUAACUAAGCGCUGUGACAUAUCAUCGGAGAGUCCCAACUGACAGUGAAUGGACCAAUUGUUAGACCUGAAUGAUGUUUGUGAUAAUUUUUCCAUUCUUCAUUGUUGGUCAUAAACUUAAUAUGACGAUUGAUACGGUUAAUAUGAAGUAUGUUAUAAUGAAAUUAGUCAUCAUUUUUAUCAAAAUUAAACUUACAAGUUUAAAUUUAAAAAGAAAUUAAAAAAGAAAGACAACCUUGCUGAUACCCCAAGUUGAACAUGGCAGAAAAACAUAGGGAUGCUCAUUAAAAGGGCUGUGUUUUGAUUAGUUGAAAAUUGAAGUACCAGAAUGCCAAAACUGUGAUAACUUAAUUUGUAUAUAUUAAUCCGGAAAAUAAAAUUCAUCUAAAAUUAACAUUAAGACAAGAGUUGUAGUGCUUUAUGCAAGCAGCCUGACAAACAAUCCGCAGAAGCAGUACUGAGCAUGAAGCUCUUGACCGGCCACUCACAAAGAGCCGGUCCAGCGAUAUGGACAUGGAAAACUGUAACGCCGGACCAAAGCCAAAGGCCUCCCCGCUGCUAAUCAGCGGAAAUGGGUUGCAAAAUGUGGAGAUAUGGCUGUAAAAAUUGGACUAACGAACUUGUACUUAGAAAGAAAAUUCAUACCUGGAAAAACUACUAAAGAUGUUGAUUUGGGUUUAAUUUUUUACUUUUAAAUUUUGCCAUAUUAUACUGUACUAAUCUUGAUAAUUAUUUCUGUCAUUUUACAUGACAUUUUACCAAAUUAAUAUAUAAAAGUUAAAAUAAAACUUAACAGCAAUGUAAUGUCCAGGGGGACAACAAGAGGAAUGUAAUAGAUCAUUAGUAGGUAAGAGAGUUAAUGUAUGCAAUAAGGGACAUAAAAUAGGAAAAUACGACCACAUCGAUUAGUUGGAUCAAUGCAAAGAGAUUGCGCCAUUAACAUGUUUUUGUUAAGUUUCUGUUUUGGAUUUACAAUCACUCCCCUUGUUUUUGUUGUUCUAGUUAAAUUUUCCUUAAUAUGACAAUGGAAUAUUUUGAAUUAAAAUUUUAUGGGUCGAUUAAUUAUAAUUUUAAAGCAGAAUAGAGGAACGCCAUAUCCCAAAGAUGCUGCUGUAUGGAUAGUUGGCAGAAGGGACAAGACUUAUUGGACGGCCAUGCCUGAGAUUUGUGGACGUUUGCAAAAGGAGCAUGAGGGAAGCCAAUAUUGAAAACAAAGAAUGGGAGCUCAUUGCCAAACAAUGUUCUAGCUGGCAAACAGCAGUGUAUGAAGGAGUAAAAAAGGCAGAAGUUAUACGAAACGAGGCCCUUGCAACAAAAAGAACAAUACGGAAGUCAAGAUGAUAGAAUCAAUAUUCUCCUGUGAGAAAUGCAGUCCAGAUUGCCAUUCUAGGAUUAGCCUAGUGAGCCACUUGUCGAAGUGUAGGACUACAUAGCUACUCCAAGGUCUCGCGAAGACGGAAGGAUGCCAUAUAGUGUCAAGGUCCCAUAAGUCUGAAACAGUUUGUUCUGUAAGUUCUCUCUGGUGGGCGUGUUGAUACAAGACAAUGGUGGUGAUAGACAGGUCUCUGGAACCCUUGUGGUUGCUACUAUUGCACAAUAUUUGGAAGGUGUUCAGUACAUAUGUCCAAGAGGCGUAGUCCAGUCUUACUCAGAUACACCAUAUGGCAGCAGAUACAAAGAAUGGCAUAGAUAAUAUUGCGUCUCGGAAACUGUCCCUUAACCGAUAACUACUCUUAGGGAAGAGAGUGUGUUGAGUCUGAAUGACAAAGGGGGAAGUUUUACAAUGGCUGCGUCCAUAUAGCUUAGUCCCAAAGUGGUAGGGGUAGUGUGGAUGUGGUUUCGCACAAGGAAAUCUUGUAUAUUCCUAUCUUUUCUGAAAACAAUGAGAAGCAGGGUUAAGAAAAUGUGGGAGAGAAAUGCAAGGUUUUUAAGGAAAACAUUUUGGCUAUGAGAUUUUGUGGAUGAUAUGUGAGAAUAAGUUUCCAUACAUUGGGCUCUUACAAGUAGUGAGAACUGAAGCUGCUUAAAAGUUAAUCAAUAAUAUUAUUACAUCUUUAGAAUUAGUCAAAUUAAUCGUCAUGUGAAAUAAUAGUUAAAGAUGCAUAUGUUAAUUUUACCAAAUAAUUAUUUGUUAAUUUUGAAAGGAAACAAAAAUGUGAUUCUUCUUAUUAUUCUAUCACUUUGAGCAUGGUCAACUAAAUUAGUUGCAUAAGUUACCAAUAAGCCUAAAUGAAAAUUUAACUAAACAUUUAAUAUUCUCAAUAUACUGCUGAAUACAUAAAGUUGAAAAGUAGAGUUGUUCACAUUUCAGUGAUAUUUCCAUGCCAUGGGCAAUCAUCAUACUUAAAUUAUACAAAAUUGUGUUUUUUUUAAUAACAUUUUAUAUUGAUUCAAAUAAUUAAGUCAUACUAUUAGUAUGCUUAUAUAUGUUACUUACAAAUUUAUAUCUUGUCAUCAAAAAAUUAGAUCUAGAUGAAAACAAGGUUCAUGAUUAAAUAAUUGAUAUAAAAAUUUUUGUUAAAGUUAUUUUUAUUGGUGGGUAUAAAGAAUAAUAUAAUUAAAGGGAGGCAUAUAAAUAUAAAGCGAUAUUUAAAACUUUUAGAUUAAUUACUUUAAAAAGAGCCUACAAAAGCUCAGAUCAGUAUUUUACAAUCAAACUACUGAUAAACCUGGAACAACUGAUAUUUAAAAUUUGUAAAACAGAAGAGAAUACUGUGGCUAAAAAUGUAUUGUUAUAAAAAAUUAUUUAUAAUAUAUGAAACUAUUCUUGUUUGUUCUUUUUGAUAUUGCAGAAAAAAAUGUUUCAUUUAACCUUUACAUUUUUUCCACUCUUAACCUUUAUAUUUUUUCCACUCUUCAGUUGAAAACGUGUUUAAAGUGUGCUUUUCAAUGUGUACAUUUUAUUGUAUGAUAUUUUUAAUACAGACGGAAAUUAUGGUGUAUGUAAACAGACUUAACACAGUGGAGAACAUUGUACCUUACGAAUACCAUGAGUAAGUGAAAGUGUUUUCGUUAACAAGAAUAACAUAUGUCAUAUCAUUAGUUUUGGUCAAGAAUUUUGAAAUGAGAUCUCUGUUUCUCCUUAUUUUUAUCUAUAAAAUUAUUCAAAAGCCUGUGAUGAUUUAAUAUUGUCAGCUCAUAUAAAUCAUCAAGGUAAAAUAAUAAUAUACAUUAUAUAUGUCAAUUUUACCUAAUAACUAUUUUUAUAUUAAAAAUAUUUAUAUUAUAAAAAUAAACAUUUUUAAAGCUAUUUUUAACUAUAUGAAUAUGAUUUACUUUUUACAAGUUUGAAAUUUAUCACAUUCAAUUAUUUUGUAUUUUCAGUUUUGAUUUUUGUGUGCCAGAAUCAGAUGUUGCAUCAUCACCAACGGAGAACUUGGGUCAAGUUGUUUUUGGUGAAAGGAUAAGACCAUCUAUGUACAAGGUAAGUCCAUUGUUUCCUAAUGAAAUAUAUUUUUAAGAGUAGAUAUGUUUUUUAAUUAAAAAAAACAAAGUUAACAUGAACCCUUUAUUAAGAUAAUCAUGAUUUGGUUUUCAGAAAUGGUGGAAAUAUGAUGAAUAUAGGAGCUAAGUUUUACACUUGUUUUGACAGUCAUAGAUUAAUAUUAUUGCCAUUUGAGUUAGAAUGUGAUAAUGUAUAUUUUUUUUCCCAGAUGAAUUUCACAGAAAAUCUCAGUUGUCAGAAAGUGUGUGAGAAAAAAUAUGAAUCUGGAGAUGGUAAAAAUAUGGAAAAGCUUACUUUUCUGAAGCGGGGCAUCAGUCUCAACUACCAGCAUCAUUGGUAUGAAAAUUGAACUUUAAAUUAAUUCCAGUUAAUCAGUCAGUUGAUACAGUUCUCUUCUAAUUUUUAUGGAAUUGUGAGAAAAAUUAGUUUUUCAGAUCUUUGGUAGAAUGUUGUUGUUGGAAAUGUUAGAAAUUAUAAAAAUUCAGUUGUACUGGUUGCAACCUAAUUUAAUUUAGCUCAGAUAUGGUUUUCAAUUUAGUAGUAAAUGAGUAAAUUUAACUAUAAUUUAUAUAUAUAUUUUUAAACAGGAUUUUAGACAACAUGCCAAUCACUUGGUGCUACAAGGUUGAAUCAAGUGAAACUUAUUGCUCAACUGGUUUCCCUAUUGGCUGCUAUGUGACCAAAUUUGGCAAGAGAAAGGAUACUUGUAUAACUCGGGUUUGUACAUUAUUUAUUUUCUAUUAGCUAAUAGGAUUAUCCAAGACAUGUAAGAGCUCUAGGGCUUAAUUUUAACUAUGCAUUCAUUGCACAAUUUUUACAUUUAAAAAAAAAUAAUUGGAAAUUUAAAUUUAUAUUAUCAUGGGGGAUCUCAUUAAAAAGAUACAUUUUUAUUUAGUUGCAAGGAAUAAUGUAAUAGGAUACUAAUUAAUUAUAACUAUUCAAUUGCACUGGAGUGUCUUUGGCUAAUUCAAAAUUAUUUUCCAACAUGUUUCAGGCUGACUUCAAAGACUCAGACACUUAUUACAUCUACAACCAUGUAGAUAUUAUUAUUGAUUAUCAUCCUUUAUCAGAAGAGGAUUGGGGACAACAACACCAAGGCCUUGGAGGGCGCAUUGUUGCAGCUAAGCUGGUACCUAGAAGGUAUGAAUAAAUUCUAUAUUUGUCCAUUUGAGUAAAAUAUAAACCCAUUAACGCUCAUGUCAUAUAUUCUAAAAGCAAAAUUGAAAUCCUUGAUAUGGCAAGCAUUUGUUGAUAUAUUUGAAAGCAGAUAUUUCUUAUUACUUAUAUUGAAACCAUCUCUGAUAAUUGUUUAAAAUAGGUUAUUAGUUGCAAAUGAGUCUUUCAGACCUGGUGAUAUUGUCUCACCAUAUGAUUUUGAGAUGUCUGUUAUGAUUGUAUGCAGGGACAUGUCUGAACUAGGUUUUUAGAGACCGAUUUGAAAGAAUAUAUUCCAGUAGUUUUUACAAUUUAAAAAAAUCAACAACAAAAAAACACUUCAUUUUUCUAUUGUUAUUUUUAGCUCCUUUCUACAUCCUGUGGUAAAUGGACAUAAAAAUAUGAUUAAUUGGGGACUAUCAAUAAUUAUCUUAUGUACACACUAAGAGGGGAUGUGGUGGUGUUGACUUGGGCGUAUAUGAGUGUGCAUGUGAAGGGAUGGGUGGGGAUGUGUCUAAAUAUUUUUUGAGGCUUUAACAUAUCACUGGCUUAUUUGUUAGGAAAGUUAUGUUUGUCAUAUUGUUGCUUUGUGUUGUCACAAUGAUCCUGCUAGAUAUGGCAACAGACAUUUAGCUUGCUUGUUUGCUAUGGUGCUGUAUGACGUAAUUUUGUGACAUAACUAAAUUUCUUUCUUCUUCUGAACUAUGAUAAUUGUGAAAACAGAGUAAAGUAUGAAUUUAGGGCAGGCCUGCACAACAUACGGCUCACAUGGAGCCUGAUGCUGCCCGCCAGCACCGACUUUGCGGCCCGCGAAGUAACGAAAUAUUCUUUAUUCUUAUUAUUUUCUUAAUAGCUUUCCCCCCAGUCCUUUUUUCUUUUGGCCCGCACAAUUCCUCUCCUAAUUUCUUUUGGCCCGCACAAGUUUUUCAUAAAGUAUUCCUUUUGAGUUGUGCAGGCCUGAUUUAGGGGGUUAGUGUUGAUUUAGGAGAUUUUGCUUAUUGUCACGCACAAGGGAGGAGGUCUCUAAAAUUAUUUUUAAUGCUUUUACACUGCCGAAUUUGGUAGAUCUUUAUUUUAUUUCAUUGUGUUUUCAAAAUGAACUUGCUGGAUACUGCAACAGUAAUUUUAGGUUCUUCGCCCUAGUUACAGCUUUUGCGUACAUUUGCUUUUAUUGUGUAAUUUUGUGACGUAAUUAUUUAAUUCUGCAUAAUUUUUAUCUAUUUUUUUUUAAAUUUUAGCAUUGAUCACAAGCAAAAAGAAGGAUGUCCAUCCGAUGCUCCUGUGCUAGGAAUUCCAGGGUCAAAAUUAGAGAAACCAUUGACAAUCAAAUACACUUAUUCUGUAACAUGGCAGGUCAGUUACUCAUCUGCUUAUUAUCAUGAUUAAAUAUUUAAAAAAAUAUUUAAUUAGAUCUGUUAAACCUUUACGGGGCAGUGGUACUUCCUCUUGCAUGUCCUGAACGGGGACCACUUUUCUGUUUUUUAGUAAGAUUUAGGGUGACUUUACAAAAAAAAUCAAAUCUAAGGUGUUAGUGAACUAAUUUGUGUGAAAUAAAAAGCAAAAUAAAGGAAAAUGAAUGCAGAUUUAUUAUGAACACACAUAUUUGCAAAAAGCAACAUAUUAUUUGUGAUUGUGAGUCAUCUAUUCACUAUUGACAAACACUGCUACAAAAUCGAAGCUUGUCAAAUUCAACAUUCUUACAAUUUACAGUCAGUUCGUGCACUUAAAUGUCACUUAAAUUGAAUACAGUGAAAUCUCCGCUAUCUCUUGAACAUUAGGCAAAUAAUCUGCAAAAUCCAUAUAGAAAAUUUUUUUUUUAACCCCUAAAACUACAAAAAAAUCAAAUAAAUACUUGUAACUGGCGCCGGCUCUAUUUAGCUAUCGGAAAAACCGGAUGUAAACAAUAGGAAGUCUCGCAAAGCCUCGGAGGUCACGAGAAAACAACACUAUGUCGUCACGGACGCUUUUGGGCGUUUUGCCCUUUAAGUGGUAAAGACGUUUUUGGCCCCUCUGCCUCGUAAAGGGUUAAACAUUUUAAGAAAGGUCAUGCUGGUUUUAAAGAAAAAUAAUUCCUUGUUAAAAAUAUUAAAUUGAAUUCUGCUUAGUUCGCCAGCUGUAAAAUUUUCUACUUAAAAAACAAAAAAACACUCAAUUAGUAUAGUAUUUUAUUUAAUCAUGAUCAAUUAUUGAUAUUUUGCAAGAGUAUGAGUUUCUGAAUUUUUUAUUUAAAAAAAAUAUAAAAAUUUAGCAGUCAUUUGCCAUAUUUGUGCAGUAUUCAUGAUGAAGCUUGCCGUAUAUUACAGAAUACAACACAUUCCACAUAUAAUACUAUCUUUACUUAUAAUUCAAUAUGUUGAUCUGACUGAUAAUAAUAUAAUACAAAUUAACGAAAUAAUUUUUUUUAAUAAAUAAAAUAUCAAAACCAUUACAUUAUUAUAAUAUUUAAAAUGAACUGAUGUCAUGUCUAUACAGCAAAGAUCCCUUCAAAGGAGUGCUACUAACAUUAUUAGUGUUAUGUUUAGAUACUAAGCACACUCGAUUGUCAAAAUGUUGCCUAGGCAUUAGUAGGCCUAUAACAAUGUAUCCUUUAUUGGUAAUGAAACAUUUCUUAAAUACACGUAUAAUGCGGCCCCCUAUUUUUAACACUUUAUAUCCACAUUGCGCAUAGAUUUUGGGAAAAAACCAACAAAAAACCUUCUCUCCACAUGACUGUAUAGAUAAAAAUAAUGUUAAAGAUGGUAAACUAACUAAUUGGAUGAAAUUGAAUUUAAAUACAGGAAUCUGUAUUACUAAUACUACAACAUAAUUAACCAGAAAAUGAUCUAUAAUUACAUCUAAUUUGCUAUCACCUUCAAUAUCUGAUGUAAAAAAAAAUUGCAAUUGAUAUCGUCACAAAUCCCCCCCCCCUUUUUUCCAAAAUUGUACAAAUAUUUAAAAGUUUGAUUGUUCUAUUUGGGAAGGAUUUAAACAUGUUAGAAUGCAUGCAUAGCUAAUGUUAUAUCAUGAAGAUAUCAAGUUAGUGUUAAGUAGCUGAUACGACUCGAUUGAAAUAGUAGUAUUUGCAGAUACGAAUACUUCAAAAAAAGAAAAGAUUUUCGGCAGAGCUAAUGUCUGAGGCGAUUUCUGGUUGUUCCUUACUUUUUAACAUAAUGUAUUUUCAAAAUUUAUAUGUUCAGUAAUUAAAAUAUUGACUUAAAUAUGUUAUUUGCAGGCAAAUGAUAAAAUCAAGUGGACCUCUCGUUGGGACUACAUCUUAGAUUCAAUGCCCCAUACCAACAUUCAAUGGUUCAGGUGUGUAGAAAACUAAAACUGAUCUGAGCUCCACAGCUUAUUUAUAUUGAAGAAAAAAAAUUAAAUCAAUUUAAAAAGUGUGAUUAUUAUUGCAUAAUUCCAUGCAUUCCAUGUUUUAAAAUAAUGCCCAAUGAUGCAUCUCAUUAAAUUUACAACGUGGCUAUUUGCACCCAGGUACCAUUAGACUCAAUGAUAUUUGGAUGUCAUUUGUGGUAGCUUAUUUUAGUUUAACUGAAGAAGUAAGUGUACAAACAUAUAGUCCAUUCAAUUACCUUUCAUUUGAUAUCUCAUUAUGUCUUACAAACCCAACAAAAAUAUUUUAAAUAGUUUUUUAAUCCCAACCUCUCACUUCUGGUACCCGGUGGCGACUAGGUGGCGAAUAGUCGCAGCCUUAAAUUUAUUUUAAAAAUAUUUCUACUGAAAUCCUGCACUUAUCACAAGUUAAAUGUCUGUUACCCAUUCUAUAAAAAAGUAAAAACUUUGUUAUUUUCUCUCUAGUAUCAUGAAUUCUCUGGUCAUUGUGGUUUUCUUAUCUGGAAUGGUCGCAAUGAUUAUGCUGAGAACUCUUCACAAGGAUAUUGCUAGGUACAACCAAAUGGACAGUUUGGUAGGUUUUAAUUUUUUCAUUAAAUAUACCAUUCUUUCUUGGUGUAUUUUUGUAGAUGAAAAGAAUAUUUCUAUGGUUGUAUUUUUUUUUCCUAGAUUUAACUUGCAAAAACCCAGACAACUGACAUUUUAUAGCUAUAGCAUAUAAAAUGAUCUUUCUUUGACUUAUCUUUGUGCUUUUUGAAAAUAAAUGACAAGAACACGUCAAUUAAACUUGAGGAGUGAUCGUUUUUUUAUUUAAACCGAUAUGUUGAAUUUUUUAGGAAGAUGCACAGGAAGAGUUUGGAUGGAAGUUAGUCCAUGGCGAUGUAUUUAGGCCACCCAGAAAAGGGAUGUUUCUGGCAGUUCUCGUGGGCAAUGGUGCUCAAUUAUUCUGCAUGACACUCAUUACCCUUGGUGAGUUAAUUUUAAUGUGCAGUCACAUCUCAAAAUGUAACAACUUGUUUUAUUUUGACUAAAGAGUAGAAAAAUGUCCACCAUAAAUUACUUAUGAUGCAAUGUGAAAUAAAUUCAUUUAUUUUUUGUAGUGUUUGCCUGUUUGGGAUUCUUGUCACCAGCAAACAGAGGAGCUCUUAUGACCUGUGCCUUGGUAAAUAUUUUUAUGUAGCUUUUUUCAUAUUAAUUAUUAUUAUUCAUAAGAAGGAAAACUCUGAAUACAAACCCAGGGAUGGAGUCUCGAUGGCAGAUAACAUUGGCACAAUGAAACUUUUCCUACUUCAAUUUUUAAUUUUUACUCGUAAAAUGUUAAUAUAAAUUUAGCUGUUUUAUAGGAGGCAACUAUGUUAAUAUAAAUUGCCAUCUCCCUUCAUUUAUUCGUAUCUUAUCUAUUUCAAGGUACUUUAUGUCUGCUUGGGCACACCUGCUGGAUACGUAUCUGCAAGGAUGUAUAAAAGUGAGCUUUCUUUUCUUUUAAAAAAAAAUUACACUUGAACUCAUAAAUGAAACAUUUGGAGUUUUCAAAUAUUGAUACUGUUUUUAAAUUAAAGUGAAAAUAAUUUGCAUUAAAGAUUUUUAAAUAAUUUGUGGUCACAUUAUAUAAAAAAUUUCUGUCUUGUUUUUUAGCAUUUGGAGGAGAAAAGUGGAAGUCAAAUGUUAUCCUGACUGCCUUUUUUUGUCCUGGGUAAGGUCAUUAUUGCCAUCUCACUUUGUUAAAUUUAGUCUUGUAUAAUAUUUGAGAAUAAAAUUUGUAUUAUUAUAUCAAUAUUAUUGAUUAGAAUUGAAAUACUUUUGAGUUUUUUUUCUCUCCAAAAGUUUGAUAAAAUUAAUGUUUCUUUUUUCUCUCAACAGCUUAGUGUUUGGAGUUUUCUUCCUGUUGAAUCUUGUUUUGUGGGCCAAAGGUAGCUCUGCUGCCAUCCCUUUCUCCACUCUAGUGGCACUCUUAGCCCUCUGGUUUGGAAUAUCAGUGCCUCUGACAUUUGUAGGCGCUUACUUUGGCUUUAGAAAGAGGGUAUGUAAUUAAGACAAAAGUUAUUUAACCCUCAGAAGGCCAAAUGUUUUGCUCACUUAUAAAAAUAAUCUGAUAGUGAGUUUUGUAUUGGUGAAAUAUCUCACUGGAAAUAAGUUGAUGUUAUAAAUCUUUUGAGUUAUAUAGAGCUAUUUUAUAUCAUCACAUUUUCCAAUUUAUCUGUUAUAUUUCCAUUUUAUAAAUGUUAUUAUCAUUGCAACUUAUUAAACAAUGAACUUUCACCAUGUAAUGAUUUAUUUUUCAGUUUUCCAAUUGUAGUUAAGUAUAACAUAUUUUACAAUAAUCAAAGUCUUUAAUGGAGUUUUAUUAUUAUUUCAACUGUUUUACAGCCUAUUGAACAUCCCACACGUACCAACCAAAUACCUCGUCAGAUCCCUGAACAAUCAUUGUACACUCGACCCUUGCCUGGGAUUGUCAUGGGAGGUGUCUUGCCUUUUGGAUGUAUCUUUAUUCAACUUUUUUUCAUUCUUAACAGCAUUUGGUCAGUAUACAUAAUGCUUUUUAGUUUUACAAAAAUCCUAGUUAGUGUUAGCCAAUUUGAUUAUCAAAAAUGAUUCUGUAAGAUUAACUAACAUUUAGCAUUCUUUAUGAAGACUGUUUUGAAAUGCAGGCUUGAAUUUCCUUUAUAUCUGUCUUCUCUAGGUCUCAUCAAACAUAUUACAUGUUUGGCUUCUUGUUCUUGGUUUUCAUUAUUCUGAUCAUUACCUGCAGUGAGGCAACCAUUCUCUUGUGCUACUUCCAUCUAUGUGCAGAGGUAAGUAGUGAGUCAGAAUUAAUGUCUUGGAGCACUAAAAGUUGAGACCGUCAAUGAUAACUGUUUUAUAUUAGUCUUAACUUCUUAAGCAACAUACUUAAAUAUCGUAAUAAAGGUAUGGUAAUAUAUAAACAAGGGUGCUGGGUGGCCGGACAUUCUAAACUGAGUUAAUCCAAAAAUCCUGUGGCCUGGAUGGAGCUCAGUCCUUACCAAAGCCUCGCCAAGUGAAAACAUCACUAGCACCCUGGGUGGAUGUGACUUAUCCAUGGAUGGCAACUCAUCUAUGAGAAGGAAAACUCUGAAUUCAAACCCAGGGAUGAGUCUCGUAGGCAGAUAACAUUGGCACAAUGAAUCUUCUGGCAACUCCAGCGACACUACUGGUGCCAAGCUGUAUCUUCCAAAAAUGAAUUUCCCCUGGGUUAUCCAAGUGCAUGGAGAGAGGCGAUUUGCUGUCUAGGGAAUCAGCUAAUCAUCUUAAAGAAAAACCCCAGGCCUUGAGAUUUCAUUCUAUGAAGUCUACACCAUCGUCAUCAGUGAGGGACGGAUGGAAUGCCAGAAAUGCUUAAACAAUUUCUCACUUAAUUACAAAAAUAUUAUCAAUUGUAUUCUUUCAGGACUAUCACUGGUGGUGGAGGUCAUUCCUGACAAGUGGGUUCACAGCCAUUUACUUUUUCUUCUACUGCAUCCACUUCUUCUUUACCAAACUUGAGAUGAGUGGAUUUACCAACACAUUUCUCUACUUUGGCUACACAGGGAUUAUUGUAUUCUUGUUCUUUAUCACUACAGGUAAGUUUACUACAAGAAGUACAAGUGUGUUCCUUUACUUUUUGAGAUUACUGAACAACAACAAAUUUGUUUUUUUAAAUAUUGCAAUGCAUUUUUUUGCGGGGGCCCAUCUUAACCCACGAACUGUCCAUUGUAUGUUUCUGUACGGUGCAGGCAAUUUAGAGCUUUUUGGGUGCCUUUGAAAAAUAUGAUUUUUCACAAGCAAAUACCAUAGCUAGACUCCAUAAAGUAUUUAUUUAUUGAAAGUUGAAUGUGUGGGAAAUGAUCCUGGCUAUUUUUUUAUAUUUAUACUCGCUGACCGUGACCUUGGAGUGACCAAGAAUAAAGAAAAAUAAAGAAUCACUUAAGUCAUUAACUAAAAGAAUUAUCAAAAAGAUUCCUAACUGAUUUAUUUUGUGAGCCAGAUGGUCCAGCUAUGGCCUUGUCCACUUCGCGAAAAUCUACUGACACAAAUUUGCUUGAUAAAGAUCGUUGUAAAAAUAACUCCAAAGUUUAAUAAAAGGACACAGAAGAGCGAAAAACGGAAGUUCAUUUAUAUUAAAAGGAAGUAGUUUUAUUUGGUGUAAAAUAUUGGACUGGAACUUUUUCUUUCAACGCAUUUUUAUCAGCUGUUUUUGUCGGCCAAAACAGUUUACGAUAGUUUGUGGGUUAAAUAAAAGAAAAGGACUAUAUUAUUUAAUAUUAUCUAUUUACUUUCAUUUUGCAGAACCGUUUAGGCAUAUGAUUAUGAUAAUUAAAAUAUAAGAUGUAAAAUAUACAAAUGCUGAAAUUGUUGAUUAAAAAACAAUUCCUGAAAUUCCUACUAUAAAUAAUAGGUGUAGAAAAGGUGCUCUUCUUUCUUCUUGACUUAUUUUAACGUGUGUGGAUUCUCAGUGCUUCAAGUCAAUGUAUGGAUAUGUUUACAAAAUAUCUUACGGACAAGGUUUAAAAACAUAUGUGUAUUUUAUAAACUUGGGGGUGAGAAAUUAAAAUGAAAAGGAAUUUUAUAUAUAUUAAGAACCUGUUGUAUUAGUUUGAAGCCACAUGUAAUACCUAAAGUGUUAAAAGAUGAAUACUUUUGUUUCAUUUCACUGAUAAAUUAUUUUAUCAUUGCAGGAUCCAUUGGCUUCUUUGCGUGCUUCUGGUUUGUUUCCAAGAUUUACAGUGUUGUCAAAGUAGAUUAAACCAUCGAAAGUCCACAUGCGAUUUCCAUCAUUGCGUUUUUCAUCAUGAUAAAGUGACGCUGAACCAUCUUUAUGCACAAGUGUUAAACCUGUUUUAUUUUUAUUAUUCUUUGGGGUAUUUAAAAUGGAAAAGCCCGGGAUGCAAUGAAAAUGUAUACAUCAAAUAAUAAAAUUGUGAUGAAAUAUGGGAUUAUAAAAGUCCUCUAAAUAUUUCAGACGACUGAAUUAUGUUAUAUUAGCUAUUGGUAGUAGUUUCAUAUGUCUAAUAAAUGAGUUUAAAGAUUGGUAGGCUAAAAAUGUAUUAGUUUUAAUAUUUAAAGAAUAUAUAUAGGAGGAGAUAUAAUAAAAUACUUGACACUCAGUUAAUAUAAAUAUUAUUCUUAAAUGUGUAUAUUUUUUUUUUUAUUACACCAAUUGGUAGAAAUGUGUAUAAAAAGAAAACUAUUUUCCCAUUAAAACAUGUAAAAAAAUAGUUAAUCUAAUAUUUUAUGCCUAUGGUUGACACCUAAUUCAGUAAGAAUGUUAAGGUUUUUAGAAUUUGAUUCUGUUAAAUCCCCUUUCAAAUUAAUCCAAAUGUGAAUUUUAUGGUUUGUGUGGAAUAAUUAAUCUGGCACAUUUUAAGCUUUUGUAAAUAGAAUGCAAAAUGGUUGUUUCUUUUUUUUUUUUACUCGAGGGAGAAAAUUCCAUGAUUUGUGUUGAAUGUUUGACCAUUCAAGUAUUUUUUUGCCAUAAUAUACUCCCUUCACCAUAACCAACAGCAAUUUUUUUUAAACUUCUGCAAGAAGGUGGGAUUAUUUGAGCUGUGGGGGCUUCAGUUGUUUGUAGAAGUGAGAAUUUCCGCUUGUGUUAUAUCAUCAUCAUGCUUUUAUUAAUAUUAUUUAUAGAUUUAUCUAUGUAAUUGUUUAGGUCUUAAAACUAUAUCUUAGCAGUAUAAUAAUAAUACAUUAACACACUAGUGUUCCACAUUUAUUUUUAUAUUUUCUUGGAAUUAAACUUCUUAUUUUUCUUUUUUUAAUGGACGGUAACAUGCGUAACUUUAUUUUCCACUGUGACCGCAGACUUUAGCAGUUUCAAGUAAUCAUAUUUUUAGUUCAGUGCUCAGGGCUGCAUUUUCAUCUCCACCACAUAUCUAAAGCAUGGUCUAAGCAAAUCUCUUGUGAUAUAUCUUGUGAUGUGCUCUCGCCUUUAAACAAAAUUCCUAGUAACUUCGUUACUGGUGUAAUAAAAACAAUUUGUUCACUCAUGCAUAGAAACUUAUUUUAUAAUUUUUAUUUUUAAUUACCGAUUUAAAUAUGUGAAUAUUUUUUGAAAGAUUAGUUUAAAUUGUGUGUAUGAAAUACAAUGUGUGCUAAAACAAAUCUUAUUAUUUAAUGACUAUCCUUUUUGAAAACUGGGACUUUUAGAAGAAGGGAUAUUUCUAUCUUUCAAAAUACUCUUGAGGGCAACCUUUACAUAAACAGGUCUGAAUAUUUAAUUUAAGGGAAAGAAAAAGCUGCUCAAAAUUAACUUUGAUUCGUUUUUUUUUUAAACAUUUAAAAAAAAAUGAUCUACAUAUUAACUAUGUAACCUAAUUAUUCAGUUAUUCAAAUAUUACAUGAUCUGCAGAGAAUUUGGAUAUUUUGUGUAUUAUAACUAGGAAUAUUCCGAACAAUUCAACAAAACUAAUGUAAGAUUAUUGCUACAGAUUUGAUCUGAGCUUCUCAGACAAACACUGCAAUUGGAUAACAAAAUAAAAUUAUCAUCUUGCUAGCACUGCUUUUGUUGAUACAAUGAUUAUUAUAAAUUUUGAUGUAAAUUUUAAAAAAAUAUAGGAAUCAAAUGCUCCUAAAUGAGCUUCUUGUUAAUGAAGAAAAUGUUGCGUGCUUUCUGAAUUACAACUCAAUUUGAUUUUGUUAAAUGUAUUUUUAUCAGAUUUCUUAAAAAUUUAGUACAGUCUUGUUAAAAAGUCAAAGUGAAAAAGAUGUGUGUGCAUAAAUUGAAAGGUCAUUCCAUAAUAUAUAUUUAUUGGCUUAAUAUAAUUUUUUUUAAUUAAAAAAGACUUUUUUUUCUCCUUACUGUACCGUUCGUAUAGUGGGUAGGCUAUCAUUUUAUUAUUAAGCAUUACCAAUACAGUUUGUGGACAAAAAUGAACUGGUUCCUGUUUCUAAAAGUCAAACAUCUUCUUCAGUUUAUAUAUUAGUAAUCAGCAUUCAGUAAAUCUAUUAGUAACCCUCAAAUUUUCAAACUUUUAACUUCAAGUUAAAGCUAACAAAAGUCACUAAUAAUGGAUAUUUUUUGUGGAAAUUGUAUAAUUGAUUUGCAAUGAAAGAUUGAAAAUUCACACUAUGCAAAACAAAAAAAAAAUAUGCCACUUAUCAGAAUUUAAACCAUGUGUAGCAUCACGUAGUGGUGCAAUCUAUAAAAAAUAUACCUUUCAGAAGCUUACUUUUUGUACAUUUGUUCAUUCCUUCAUGAAUUUGUAUAUCUUAUUAUCAUUUUAUACUUAGCUUAUUUGACAUUAUGCUUAAAAAGAGCUUCUCGUUGCUAAAUUUUCACAUUACUAAUAAAAAGGAAAUUAAAAAAUUUAUUUUAAAUCUUUUUUGAGAAGCUUUGAUUAAGCAUAUGUUCUGUGUAUAAUUAAUAUUAUAUAUAAUGUUACCUGGAUAACAAUUGUACUUGGUAAAACACCUUAAUUGAAAAAGUCUCAUAAAUAAAUUAAAUCCUUUAGAAAUAGUUUUUGGCUAGCAAUGAUUUUUUCCCAAGACUUUUAUAACAAAUAAUGUGUUUUACAGUACUGGUAAUUUAUUUUUGCAAGUAUGUAGGAAUAAAUAUUUGAGAAUGAAUGUUUUUGAGGGCCAAUAAAUUAUGUUCAAUCUUGA